CGAGUUUUUUUCAACCAAAAAAAUUAAACCAACCGGUGCAGGAACAGGAACGUGCCCCCCACUCCGUAGCUGUCACUGUCGGCAGCAAGCGGCCAGCGGGUGAGAGCUGAAAAGCGAGCUAGAUUCGUCAGCAACCUGCAGGCCCGGGCCGGCCAGCCAGAUCCAUCCUCCUCAUGCCGGCCGGCGGCGACCCAGCGCGCGCGCGGUUGGCGUUUCCAAGCGUGCGACCGCACACGCGCGCCCGUAAAAAAAAAGAAAAAGAAAAAUCAGGGUCAGCGCGUGGACUCGGCCCUAGGGAAGGAUUAGGAGUGAUCGAAAUCGAAUCGGCGGCCACCCGGCACCCUGCCCGCCUGUCGACACUGUCGGGUCCGGUUGGUGCCCCAGCGAAAAGCAAAAGAAAUACUACUACCGGAAGAAACUGCCUCCUCCUCUCCUCGCUUCUCUCUUUGGAGGCAGGCGCAGGCGGGCGAGUGGUCCGGUACACCUCUAGCUGCAGAUCCCAGCUCGCGCGGUCCAGCAGGCCAGCACUAAGCUCCCUCCCUCCUGUCCACCUGGACAGCGCGCCCGAUCGUGAAUCGUCGCUUGCUCUGGAGAAAGCUUGCAUUUUUUUUUCGUUUCUUCUUCUUCUUCUUCUUCUUCUUCUUUUUUUUUUUGCUUCGCAUCCUUUUUUCCUGGCGCGGUUUCCUUUGUACGGGAAAUUUUCGGUUGGUGCGGUUGGUUGGUCAUUUUCCCGCACCUUCUCUUUGGUUCUUGCUCGAGAGCGCCAUCUUUCCUGCUACCCGUUGACUCGGGCGGGCAUUCCGUCGAGCACCUUCCGUGCGGUGUGGGGAGCGACGGUUCCUGGUUUCUCGGGGACGUUCCUUGAUGCCGCUGUUGUGUCAGGCGCAGGAUUCUAGCGGAUGGAAUGCCACAGCUGGUACGCGCUGAAAUCAAGAAGAUCUGUAGCGAUCGCUGGUGCGGGGUUUGAAGAUGCUGCAGAAGGCGCCAGCGAUCUUGGUGACACGAUGAGUCUUGCACGCAAGCAGAAGGUUGUCAAGGAAACAGUGGAGAUGGAGGAGGAGCAGGAGUUUGUUUGGAAAUCUAACCUGCUCCCCUACAAGGAUGAUGAUGCCUUCGUUCUUCCUGAGAGUAGCAAGGAGGAAUACGCAUCAACAUCAGGAGACACAGCUCCGUCUGGCAAAAUGGACCCCAGGAUAGAAAGGUCUGGAAGCAAUGGGACAAGCAAGGUCCCUAGACUGGGUUCCAUGCUUGGGACAGCCAGCAUGGCUGGAUUUGGCAAGGCAGUGGAGAUUCUAGACACGUUAGGCUGCUUGAUGACGACCUUGAGCUCAGAUGGUGGCUUUGUUUCCAGGACCAAGACCAAAGGAUGCAAGAUAUCAAUUCUUGCUUUUGAGGUUGCCAACACAAUACUUAAAGGUGCUAGUAUUAUGCAAUCUCUCUCGGAAGACACUGUCACAUACUUCAAACAGGUUGUGCUUCCUUCCGAAGGUGUGCAGAAUUUGGUUUCCAGUGAGAUGAGUGAACUGAUGCGAAUUGCAGCUAACGACAAAAGAGAAGAGCUGAAAAUAUUUUCCCAGGAGAUUGUUAGGUUCGGGAACCGCUGUAAAGAUCCCCAGUGGCAUAACCUGGAUCGCUACUUUGUGAAGUUAGAAUCAGAGAGUGCACCCCAGAAGCAGCUGAAAGAAACAGCAAUAGCAGAGAUGCAAAAGUUGAUGAACCUCGUUCAACGUACAACUGAUUUGUAUCAUGAGUUGCAUGCACUAGACAGAUUCGAGCAAGAGUACCGCUCUAGGCUAAACGGAAAGGGUAAUACAGAUAGAUUUGAAAAAGGAGACAAUAUUCAAAUUGUGAGACUAGAGUUGAAGACCCAAAGUAGUUAUGUGAAGAGCUUGAAAAAAAGAUCUCUCUGGUCCAAGACGUUGGAAGAAGUGGUCGAGAAGCUUGUAGAAGUUGUGCACUACUUGCAUGUCGAGAUCGACAAUGCUUUCGGACCUUCUGAUGGAGGAGGUGUGGUGGUGAAUGCGGAACCAACCGUGAGCUGUCAAAGGCUAGGUCCUGCCGGGCUCGCAUUACAUUAUGCAAACAUUAUCAUCCAGAUAUAUAGCAUCGUUUCUCGAUCCGGGUAUGUGCCAGCAAAUUCAAGAGACGCCCUCUACCAGGGACUGCCACCGAGGAUCAAGUCGGCGCUACCAAAUGAGCUGAGGACGACCUCGGCGCCUCAGCUCACCGUCGACCAGAUAAGGGCUAGGAUGGAGAAGACCCUGAAAUGGCUCGCGCCCAUGGCCAUCAACACCACCUGGACCGAGAGCGUUGGCAGACGACUGGGCCAAGCGGAUCGGGUCGAGACGCUGUACCAUGCGGACAAGGCAAGGACCGAGGAUCGCAUUCUGGAGCUGGUCGUCUGGCUUCACCACCUCGUCAGCCAGAGUAGCCGGCCGGCGUUGCAAAAAGGCCACUGACCAGAUAGAUGCCAGGAAUGGUGGAAGAAGCUGGAGCUGUUCUUGCCAUGGAGAGGAGGACGUCCGGGUACAGUCGGGGAGAUGCUUGUAUAUGCGUGCUUUGUAACAUCAGCUGAGUAGGUUUUAGUUACUACUUUGUUCUGCUUGUUGUUUGUAAGUGUACUUGUGAAUACCACGUUAUACAAUGCAAAGAAAAACGCACAUCAUGUGUCAA